AAUUAAUCAUAUAAGCCUGCCCAAGCUUCCAGCUUAACCACAAUAUUCUCCGCCGACCGCAAAACAAACAAACAAACAUGAUGACUUUUCGGAGCUGCGGCCACUUUGUCUGUGAUGAGGAUGAAAAGUUGUCGCCGCCGCAUUUGUGUCAUCGGGAGUCAGGCUCUGACGGCGAUGACGCCACCAUGUACGACGAACUGGAUUCCCCCAAACAAUCGUCCACCAUUUCUUCCGACGACGCUUCGGAGAUCAUUGGCGGCGGGUGGAGCUUUCUUGUGGAGGAGCUGCAGGCGAACAAUAAGGUCGAGGCGGCGGGGGAAGUCGCGAACGCUCCACCGCCGCCUCGCCGUAUGAAGCGCUCCUUGUCCACACUGAGUUCCAAAAGCCUGAACAUGUGCACUGAGGGCUUGGGCUGUGAAACCGGCUUCGGUAUUACCCAAAGCAUUGACGACUUGCUGGGCAAUCCCGCUCCGGCGCCGGCGCAAGAGGGUGUUUUCGCACCACCGCCGAUUAAUCCGGCCGGGAGGCCGCCGGUGAUGAUUGCGAGGAAGAAGUUCAACAGAACCAAGAGCUUCCCGCCUCCUCUAAGUUCUGCCAAAGAUCAGCAGGCCAGGCGCGAGGAUGGGGUGAAGAUGUUGCUGCGUCGUCGGGAAGGCGGCCGGUUGGUGGUAACCGCCGUGUGCGUAACCCGACCUGACUCUUUCUUCCGAGAAAACAGGUCGGACGGGAGGCUUAGGCUGUCCUUCAAAAUGGGUGCGGCGGAUGACGACGUUUGUGAAGAGUCAGUUGAGGAUUGAUUAAUUAAGUGCAGUGACGGUGGCUAGCUUAUAUGACCAUGAUAAUGAUGGAAGAAAGGUUGCACAAAAUUAAGUUUGGAAAAUUCGCAAGAUAAAAGUAAAUAAGUUUGAAAAUUUUAAAAUAAGAUCGUCAUAUUUUUAUUCUCAAAAUAUGAAUAAUUACUGUCAAGUCUGAUUUUAUCAAAAUAUGACAGCAAUUGGUCUCGUGUUUGGAAUAAAAACAUGACAUUCAUAUUUCAACAUUUUUAGUCCUAUUUUAAAUAAUUUUCGAAAGUUAAUGGUUUUAAUUUGUUGCUUCAUCUCAAGUUAUCAACUAUAAAAUUAAAUGUCGUUUUCUUGCUUGUUAUUAAGAGUAGUAGCUUUCCGACAAUAUAUACUUCACUUUUUCCUUCUUGC